AUGUCCACUUCACAACAGCAGCAUCCGCCACAUGCAUCGGAAGAACACUCAAACACUCCUGCCUCUUCUCCUCGUUCAUCAACACCACGGCAUGAUGAAUCCAAUAAAGAAUGGCAACGAAUGAUUUCAGGAGAAAUGUACAAUGCCAUGGAUGAUUUCCUCGUUCAGGCUCGUCGCAAAUGUCGUCUCGAAUUUCUCUUUCCAUUCAACAACCUUUCGGAACAGCAACAAGAUCCUCCGAAAUUCCGAGAGUCACUCAUGAAACAAUUCAUGGGUCAUCACGGAGAGAAUUCUUAUAUUGAACCUCCAUUCCGAUGUGAUUAUGGAUCCAAUAUUUACUAUGGAAAGAACUUUUAUGCCAAUUUCAAUUGUUGCAUGUUGGAUGUGUGUGAAAUUCGGAUCGGAGAUUAUGUCAUGUUUGGUCCGAAUGUGCAAAUCUAUACGGCCACACAUCCGACAGAUCCCUUCGAACGAACUCAAAGUGGAUUGGAGUAUGGAAAACCCAUUACCAUUGGAGAUUAUGUUUGGCUCGGAGGUGGAGUGAUUGUGAAUCCGGGAGUGACGAUCGGAGAAGGAAGUACCAUCGGAAGUGGAUCGGUGGUCACAAGAGAUAUUCCUCCCUAUGUCGUGGCUGCUGGAAAUCCAUGUCGAGUGAUUAAAUAUUUAGAGAGACCUUCAACACAAGCAGAAAGCAGGCAACAACACGACCAGCAUCAUGAUGAAUGA